GCAUGCGUGGCAGAUGACAGGGAUCCAUCGGGCAGGACCGGACCAAACCAAACCAAACCCAGCAAAACAAAACACUGGAGGCACAAGAGAAGGAAGAACCCAGCCCCGAGGGUAACGUUCGACAGGAGAAGAAGGAUGGUGACGAUGGGCAGCAGACGAGACGAGGGGCGAGGAGCGGAGCGGAGCAUUAAAACAGGAGGAGCUGGUGGUAAUCCGGAACGCUGGGAAAGUAGCGGUGCGGUGCGCCCAAAAGAAGGGGACUGACACCGACGGAUUUCGUAUAAUUCACGCUUGCCUCAUCCCACUUUUCUUUUUUUCUCUUUCUCUCUUCGAGUGUCUCACCUUUUCUGGUUGUUGGUCUCGGGGCUCGCUGGCGGUGCUCGUGUCAAAGUUGUAGUUAUUGCGUCUUAAGAUCCGGUUACAAAGAUCGGUCGACGGAAUCAUCAGAGCGAGGGGAGGAGAGGAGAGGAGGGGAGCCGAGAGCACAAUUGGAGGUGGGAUGGCCCGAUCGUAGCUUGGAGACGGAUGAGGGAGGCGGGGACCCAGCGAGCGGGCAGGCGUUGAAUCGGAGCCGGGGAGCAGCGACGGGGGAUCUCGCUCGGCAAUUGCACGAGAGCUCGCCCAGCUCUUCCCCUUCUUGGCCCGAGGGACGGGCGUCGAAGGAGUCGGACGUCGGAGCCCCGGGAGCGAGCAAUUCGAGGCUCUCGCUCGGCCCGCCCGCCCCCUCAUGAAGCAGCACGACGGGGGCGCCAGGACGAGGAGAGGCGCCGAAUUGCAAGCGCAGAGGUGGGGAAUCGACUGAUCGCCGAGGCCGCGGAGCGAGAGCGAGAUCUGGUUAUGAAGUCGUGGCAUAAUUGGGAGUGGAGGCGAGACCAGGGCAGGGAGCGCGGCGAGGGCAGGAUGGAGAGGGGCCUGAAGCGCAAGCAUUCGGAUCUCGGAGGGGGAGGGGGAGCGGGCGCAGGAGGCGCGGGCGCGGGGGGAGCCGCGGGGGGCGCGGGGGCAGCCGGGGGCGCGGACGGGGAGCAGCAGGCCGGCGGCAAAGAGCACUUCCGAUCGACGGUGGAGCAGAUGCUGGAGGACGGGCUGCACUCGGACAUCACCUUCGAGUCGGAGAACGACCGCACGCCGGCGCACCGCUGCAUCCUGGCCAGCGUCUCGCCCGUCUACCGCGCCAUGUUCCACAACAAGAUGCUGGAGCAGACCACGUCCGUGGUGCGGGUGGACGACAUGAGCACGGGCGCCUUCCGCUGCUUCCUGCGCCUGCUGUACACGGGCGGCCUGGCGCGCGACGACAUCGAGCGGUACGGGCUCGAGGUGCUGGCGGCCUGCCACAAGUACGAGGUGCCGCAGUUGGCGCGCAUCUGCAGCCCCGUGCUGGGCGACAUGCUGACGGUCGACAACUCGCUCUCCAUCCUCGAGCACGCCGUGCUCUACGACGCCGCGCUCUUCGAGAGCUGCAAGGACUUCAUCGGCGCGCACUUCCGCCACAUCGUGGGCACGCCCGCCUUCGAGGAGCUGGCGCAGCGCAACCCGUCGCUCCUGGUGGACCUCGUCAAGAGCACGGCGCUGGACGAGAAGAGCCGCGAACUGCGCGUCACCUUCCGCAGCUUCAGCACCACGCGCGUGCGCAACUGCGUGCUCAAGAUGCCGGGCGACUGCACGGUGGCCGACGUGAUCGCCGAGCUCAAGCUGCUCAUGAAACUGCCCACCACGCGGUGGUUGCAAAUCGCCGGCGUCGUGGACCACCGCAUCGUCAAGAUCUACGGCGCCAAGGACAAGGUCCGCACCGUGGUGGAGGACCUGAAGGCCGAGGAGAUCCCCGCGCAGAAGGUCAAGAACACGGUGCGCACGCUGCGCGUCUCGCACAUGCUCUCGGACCGGACGGGCAAAUUCCUGUCCUACUUCGGCGAGCCCUUCACUAUGCGCGUGCCCAACGACCGGUUCCUCCUGUGGCAGCUCAAGGAGCGCAUCUCGCACUUCAAGUCGGGCAUGGAGUUCGCCAACUUCCACUUCGCCAAGCGCAGCAAUUCGAACCCCGAGGCGCCCUUCCCCGAGUAUCUGGACGACAGCAGCCCCGUGCCCCUGAACGAGGACGACUUUCUGGCGCUGGUGCACCCCAUCUGCCCGUGCUCCGCGCAGGAGAUCCACUCGCCCCUCUUCCAUCUGUCGUAGAUCUCCCGCCCGCCUUUGCUCU